AUGACAGAUAGAGACGCCGUCAAUCCCUUGCGCCCGUACUAUCGGGCGCCCGUCAUCGGCGAGACGCCCGAUGCCGUUUCUGCAUCCAGCGCGAACCAGCUCGGUGGCGGGGGCGCGGCCAGCAGUGCUCGCUAUGCGUCCAGGGCGCGCCACGUGCUGGCCGACAUUGAUUACAAGGGGUAUCUGGACGACUCGUCGCCGGGGAUGAUGCAGAAUGUCAAGGAGCUGGUUGAUGAUCUGAUGUGGAAGUACACGUCGGUCUUGUUGGCGCAGCCAUUCGAGGUUGCCAAGACGAUACUGCAAGCUAGAGACCAGGAUGAAAACGCAGUCCUGGCAGAUGAUGCCGAACCGGCGGGCCUGAAGAGGCGGGCGUCCAGCCAAGCGAGCUCAUCAAUCUACCAUUACCACGACUCCGACUCGGAGGGAGAAGAAGCUUCUUACUUUACCUCGAGCAUUCCUGGCACGCCCACAGCGUCGUAUAGUAGAAAUCUGAGCGGCCGCCGCCCUCAAUCUCCGUCCCAAACGCCCCAAUCUUCAAAGAAGGCAGCAAUCUCGGAGCACUCGAUCAACCUCCGCAGACCAGACUCGCUCAUUGACGUCAUUGGUCAACUGUGGCACAAGGACGGGGCUUGGGGCGUUUGGAAGGGCACCAACGCCACGUUCUUGUACACCGUCUUGCAGUCGCUUCUGGAGAACUGGUCAAGGAGCUUUCUCAGCGCGAUAUUCAAUGUUCCGGAUCUGGGGGUCAAGGGCGACAUUGACAGGGUCAUUGACCUUGCUUCACCAUACCCAUGGACUUCAUUAAUCGUGGCAGCAGGCGCUGCUGUUGCUACAGGCGUGCUACUGUCACCGCUGGACCUAGUUCGCACAAGACUCAUCAUGACGCCGGUAUCGAAAGGUCCGCGGCGAACUCUGGCGUGCCUUCGUACUCUUCCUUCAUAUCUUUGCCCGUCCGCUAUCGCCAUUCCUACAGUAUUGAACUCGCUUGUGCAUCCGCUGUUGACUCUGUCCACACCCCUCAUGCUCCGAACUCGCUUCAUGAUGGACAGCCAAGCUUCGCCCUUGACGUUUUCCAUCGCCAAGUUCUUGGCGUCGUCGGGGGCCAUCCUCGUCAAGUUGCCGAUAGAAACGGUACUACGCCGCGGCCAGAUGGCAGUCCUCACCAGCCAGGAGUACAAGCGCGCCAUGGGAGGGACAGAAUCGAGACUUGACACCAUCGUACCUAUCGGUCGAUAUAACGGCCUGGUUGGCACCAUGUAUCACAUCACGGCAGAAGAGGGUACCCGUGAGAACGCGGCUGCGAUCAAAGCUGCCAGCAGAAAGGGCAAGGCCAAGAGCGCAUCACUCCAGCCCACGUACGUGAAAGGUCAAGGCCUAGAGGGCUUGUGGCGAGGCUGGAAGGUGAAUUGGUGGGGCCUUGUUGGCCUCUGGACGGCGAGCCUAGUGGGAACCGGUGGCGAAGGAGAGUUUUGA